AUGGGAGGAAUGGGAGGAAUGCCCGGCGGCAUGCCAGACAUGCCAGUCAAUGUUCCCAUCGAUGACCCUAACGCCGACACUGAAUGGAACGACAUCCUCCGCAAGCACAAGAUCAUCCCCGAGAAGCCCCCUUCGCCCACCCCCAUGAUCGAGGAAGCCUUGACCGAAGCCCGUAGACUUGCCCACGAGAACCGCUUAGAAGGCAAGGAGCUCGNNACGAACUGGCUGAACUCGAAGACGAAGAAGACGAGGACUUUCUCGAGUUUUACCGGUAAACAGAAGCGAAUGAACGAACUCGCUGCCAUCCAAUCCGCUUCCGUCUACAACCAGGUUUAUCCCGUGCAAAAGCCCGAUUGGUCGCGCGACGUGACUGAAGAAUCAAAGAAAGCCUUCGUCUUCGUAAUCCUCACCUCUUCAUCUGGCACAAACGUUGAGUCCCGUCUGUUGAUCGAAAUCUGGCGCGAGCUGGCCACAAAAUUUGGCGACAUCAAGUUCUGUCAAAUACAGGCAAACCUCUGCAUUGAAGGUUAUCCAGACAAGAACACUCCAACAGUUUUGGUCUACAAGGAUGGCGACAUCAAGCGCCAAUUAGUCACCCUGCGGGACUUGAAGGGCGAUCGAACAACCAUUCGCGACCUGGAAGAUCUGCUUCGUUCUCUGGGCGCCGUUGACCCUAACGACUCCAGACUGCAACCUCGUCAACAUGAUGAAUCAGCACAAACCUCUCUUCGUGGUACCGGCCAAGGCGCUGGUCUAGGUAACGAUGAUAGUGACAGCGAUUGGGACUAG